AUGGCCACGGUACCGACGCGCCCGCUCAGCCUUUCGGAGGGCGAACUAAGAGAUUCCGCGUCAGCGGCUUCUUUCCAACAGCCCACAAGGCCUCAAACAUUGCAGGGAUUGGUCCCACUGCAACCAUCUCCAAGACUGACACCUCGUCGUGAAUGGGACGGAGCUUCUAGAUACUCCGAUCCUCACCCAAGAUUUGAAGACUAUGAAUGGGACCGAUAUCGUCCUCAGCGCUACUUCCCGGAUCGACAGUGUCCCCAGGAAGAGUAUUAUGCGCACCCGCCACCUAUGACAAGAGUGUGCCGGUUACCUUCACCACCUGAUCAUCAAGCUUCGAGGGUGUCUACCCCUCGGCAACUUCACACAUCAGUAGUUGCAAGUCAUUUUAGAUGCAUUGGAAAGAUUUUGAACUUGGAGAUCUAUAUAACUAUACCACAGCAAGAAAUUUUAAAGUGGAAUGGAUGGGGAUAUAAUGACUCAAAAUUCAUCUUCAAUAAGAAGGGGCAAGCAGAAUUCACAGGAAAAAGGUACCGGAUAGGGGGAAUUGCGUUCCCUCUUCUCAAAGAAUGGAUAGAGAAAAAUCUUGGAGGAAGUCUGGAACAUAAAACCACUGCUAGAGCAUCGUUAAAUAUUAGUGAUGUACCUCCCUCCAUUGCAAGUGAAGAAUUUCUCCAGGACCUCCAAACUUCUAAAAUAUCAUACUCCCAAGAAGCAGAAACUAGGGUAUUCAGAGCUCAUGGUCAUUGCUUACAUGAGCUAUUUUUGCUCAGGGAAGGAAUGUUUAAACGAGUUCCUGAUGUAGUUGUAUGGCCAGAGUGUCAUGAUGACGUAGUUAAAAUUGUGGAAAUAGCCUGCAAGCAUAAUAUUUGUGUAAUACCUUAUGGUGGAGGAACAAGUGUUUCUAGUGCUCUUGAGUGUCCUGCCGAUGAAAAAAGAACAAUUGUUUCACUGGACACCUCACAAAUGAAUAGGAUUCACUGGAUAGAUGAGAAAAAUUUAACUGCUCAUGUUGAAGCUGGCAUUCCUGGGCAAGACUUGGAAAGACAGCUGGGUGAAAGUGGUUACUGUACAGGCCAUGAACCAGAUUCAAUGGAAUUCAGUACUCUUGGAGGAUGGGUGGCGACACGAGCAUCAGGCAUGAAGAAGAAUAUUUAUGGGAACAUUGAAGACCUGGUGGUUCAUAUAAAAAUGGUAACACCAAGAGGCGUAAUACAAAAAAACUGUCAAGGACCGCGCAUGUCAACAGGACCUGACAUCCAUCAUUUCAUUUUAGGAUCUGAAGGAAUCCUUGGAGUGGUAACAGAAGUUACAAUAAAAAUUCGACCAGUCCCUGAAUACCAAAAGUAUGGCUCUGUAGUAUUUCCAAACUUUGAGAGAGGGCUGGCGUGUUUAAGAGAAUUAGCAAAGCAGCGAUGUGCUCCUGCAUCCAUUCGCCUUGUGGAUAAUGAACAAUUUCAGUUUGGACAUGCUCUUAAACCACAGGUUGCUUCCAUUUUUACAUCACUUUUGGAUGGGUUGAAAAAGUUCUACAUCACAAAGUUCAAAGGAUUUGAUCCCAAUCUUUUAUGUGUUGCUACCUUGCUUUUUGAGGGUGACAGAGAGAAGGUUCUUCAGCAUGAAAAACAAGUUUAUGAUAUUGCUGCGAAAUUUGGUGGUCUGGCAGCUGGAGAAGACAAUGGACAGAGAGGGUAUAUGCUAACGUUUAUCAUCGCUUACAUGCGGGACUUGGGCAUGGAUUAUUAUAUAAUAGGCGAAUCAUUUGAGACAUCUGUUCCCUGGGAUAGGGUACUAGACCUCUGCAGAAAUGUAAAGGAAAGAAUAGUAAAAGAAUGCAAAGAAAAAGGUGUUCAGUUUCCGCCCUUUGCUACCUGUCGGGUGACACAGACAUAUGAUGCCGGUGCAUGUGUCUAUUUCUAUUUGGGCUUUAACUACAGAGGAAUAAGUGACCCUGUUCGUGUUUAUGAAGAAAUAGAGAUGAUAGCUAGGGAUGAAAUCCUUGCUAAUGGAGGAAGCUUGUCACAUCAUCAUGGAGUGGGCAAGUUACGGAAGCAGUGGCUGAAAGAGAGUGUCUCUGAUGUUGGCCUUGGGAUGCUGAAGUCUGUCAAACAAUUUGUGGACCCCAAUAACAUCUUUGGAAACGGGAACCUUUUAUAAGCCUCUUUAUUGUCAAAAUGAAAUUACAAAACAAAAACAAAAAAACCCAACAAUGAUUGGACUCCCAUGGCUAUCCCAGUAUCCGAAUUUAGCAUUGAGCCAGUUUCAUAGUGGUUUCCUUCCUUACGUCUUUUAUUUUUUCAGUUAAAAUGAUCAUCUAGUUACUCAU